AGCCGUGCACGCGAACAGUGCGCGCGCCUUGUGCUGGAGAGCGUCUAGCUGCUCCACGUUUGAGGAUGACGUCAGGAGACCUAGCGGUACAGAAAACGCUCAGGGACUUUAGAGACAAACAGACAGUAGAGUACCAAUAUGAAGACCCGGAGCCUCACUCGGUCCUGUGUAAUAGUUUUUGUCAGUUUAAUCAUUUGCAGUAUUUGUACAGUGAAUGGAGAUUACUGCAAGGUGAACCUGUGUCAUAAUGGAGGGACGUGUGUGACUGGCAUUGGAGAAGAGCCCUUCUUCUGCAUCUGUGCUGAAGGAUUUGCUGGAGAUACUUGCAAUGCCACUGAGAAUGGUCCUUGCAGUCCAAACCCUUGUAAAAAUGAUGGCACAUGUGAGGUGAUCUCUAACUCCAGAAGAGGAGAUGUCUUUAAUGAAUAUGUGUGCAAAUGCCAAUCUGGGUUCGAAGGUGCACACUGCCAUAUCAAUGUAAAUGACUGUGCAAACCAGCCUUGUAAGAACGGAGGCCUGUGUCGUGAUCUGGAUGGGGACUACACCUGCCAGUGCCCUUCUCCAUACGUUGGAAAGCAAUGCCAGCUACGCUGUACAUCUCUGUUGGGGAUGGAGGAAGGUGGAAUCGUAGAGUCCCAGAUCUCGGCUUCCUCUGUACACUCUGGCAUUCUAGGGCUGCAGCACUGGGGACCGGAGCUCGCACGCCUCAACAACCAGGGCCUUGUUAACGCCUGGAGCUCCGCACCCCAAGACAAGAACCCCUGGAUUGAGGUUAACAUGCAAAAGAAGAUGCGUCUCACUGGAAUCAUCACCCAAGGAGCUAGCCGCAUGGGGACAGCAGAAUUUGUCAAGGCUUUCAAGGUGGCUUCCAGCUUUGAUGGUAAAUCAUACUCGGUGUACAAAGCGGAUGGCCAGAGAAAAGACAAAAUGUUUGCAGGAAAUACAGAUAACGAUGGAACUAAGACAAACAUGUUUGACCCUCCCAUUGUGGGCCAGUAUAUUCGCAUCAUUCCCGUGGUGUGCCGUAAAGCGUGUACUCUCCGCAUGGAACUUGUGGGGUGUGAACUUAAUGUGCACUCCAGCACAAUCGGUUGCACUGAUCCGCUGGGCAUGAAGUCCCGUCUCAUCUCUGACGUGCAGCUUACAGCAUCUAGCAGCUUCCGCACCUGGGGUAUAGAUGCCUUGACCUGGUACCCCUUCUACGCUCGCCUGGACAAACAAGGCAAGACUAAUGCUUGGGCGGCAGCACACAACAACCGCUCAGAGUGGCUCCAGCUGGAUUUGGAGAAACCUAAAAGAAUCACAGGCAUCAUCACUCAAGGAGCAAAAGACUUUGGAGUUGUGCAGUUUGUUUCAGCCUUUAAGAUUGCAUACAGUGAUGAUGGACAAUCUUGGAGCAUUGUGAAGGAUCAAAUAACAAGAACAGAUAAGAUUUUUCAAGGCAACAAAGACAACAACACACACAAAAAGAAUUUGUUCGAGCUCCCCUUCUACGCUCGAUUUGUGCGGUUUCUGCCCUGGGAGUGGCAUGAGCGGAUAACUGUACGCAUGGAGCUGCUGGGCUGUGAUGACUAGUGGACGGACGCGCUGAAGGCUGCACACUGCCUCUCUCUGCACUGGUUUCACCUGAAGUGUGUCUGCUGGUUGUAGGUGAUAUUUUGUUUCAGUGUGUCCAUUAGCUUCAUCUGCAUUGCUUUGUAUUUUAUUGUAUCAAUGCCAUUAUUUUGAUGUACUUUGAAAGGCUCAGUUGAUCGAAUUUUCAAAGCCUUUGGGCAAAGUUAUGACUUUAUGAAAUCACCCUUUAAAGGUAUCGACCUUAUUCUUCAAUGUGGAAGUAAACCUAUGGGCAAGACUUCCGGUUCCUUAGCCACUAUAGGGAAAUAACAAGAAUAUAAAACGUGCAGCAAACAGUAAAACUGUUUGCACUACAAACCAGUGUGUUCUUAAUUAAGAUAACCCAUUAAAAUAAUAUGGUAAGACAUACCAAUUUCAGUAUCAAGCAGAAAAAUGAGCUGUUUCAUACAACUAAAAAUGGCUGGACACAGAUGAGACUGGAAGCCAGACCCAGAAAAUGUACAAAUAGCUGCACCUGCUCUUACAGGAAAAGUAAGAUGGAUAGGUCACACAAAAAGAAAAUAUUUUGAAGAAUGCACAGCUGAAGGUAGCCAUCGACUUUCAUAAUAUUUGUUUCCAUACUAUGGAAGUCAGCGACUACCACAAACUGUUUGGUUACGAACAUUCUUUAAAAUAUCUUCUUUUGUGCUCAACAACUGAAAGAAACUAAUACAGAAUUUUCAUUUUUGGGUGAACUAUCCCUUUAAAUACACUGCCCUCCAAAAGUUUGAAAAGUGUGGUUUUGGACGAUAUCAGCAUAAAUCCUUAUCAUUUUUUGGAGCAAAUACAUUUAAGUAACUUGACAUUAUCAUUGAAGACCAGCAAUAAUAAUUUUAAUUUUGAUUACAUAAUAAUGGCAAUAUAUACAUGAAAAAAUCAGACAUGCCGCUUUGCCAGCUGUGAUGCCUGGUUACUGGUUUAAACUUGGCCCAGGUUUUUAAAAGAUUUUUGGGUCAGUACACCUUAAUAGCUUCAACAAUUGAUUGCCAAUUAAGUUUAGAAUACAAUUAGACCCAGAUUAUGCAGAGCUGUAAUAGCUGCUAAUGGUGGAUAUUUUGAUGAAUUAAAAAAUUAUGUUUUUUUCUAUGUAUAAACUGUUUAUGUAAUGUUUUCGUAGUUUGUGUUGUCCCUUAUCAGUGCAAAAUUAUCACAAAUUAAAAAGGAUUCAUGCCAAUAUUGUCCAAAACCCCACUUUUCUAGGGCGUUUCCAAACUUUUGGAGGGCAGUGUAGGUUUCAGAGAAUAUUACAAAAUUUGAAGAAUCGUUAACCUGUAAGGAAAAAAUAGACUAAUUCUAAUUCUUACUAAAAUUGUAAAUCUCAUAACCACUGACCAUUCUUUGUAUUUCAAAAUGCAUGUCCUAGUUUACAAUGAAAUAUACAAACUCUUUUAAUGUUAUUCCUCAUCUUUGGUGACCAAUCUGUGAUUCAACCUGUCUGCCUUCUAGCACAUGUACAGCACUGAUUUGUAAUGGAAAAAAGUCUCUCUUUUUUCCCUUUAAUAAUCAUCAGUCAGAAACAGUGCUGUAAAUUAGAAAUAAAAUAAAAAAACUAUUAUCCUCCAGGGAAAUCUUUGUUCUCACUGUAAAGGUUUAAAAUAAGCAUGGUAGAGGUGCUCGAAUCUGUUGACCUGUUUGCACUGCAGUUGCUCUACACUUUAUACUACAGUUUAUAUAUUUUAUAACUCAGUUUUUGCAUUUGAGUCAAUACAAACAACCGAAUUCAAACAGAAUUGUACAAUUGUGCAAAUAUUGAAUAUUUUUAUCUUUUGUAAAACACAUUGUCUUUAACAAUAUUAAUAAACAUGUUAAAAAUU